CCUGCCCUAGAGGUGACAGAACCAUUAGGAGAGAGAGAGAGAUAACAUCCACCUGUCCUAGAGGUGACAGAACCAUUAGGAGAGAGAGAGAGACAACAAAUACCUGUCCUAGAGGUGACAGAACCAUUAGGAGAGAGAGAUAACAUCCACCUGUCCUAGAGGUGACAGAACCAUUAGGAGAGAGAGAGACAACAAAUACCUGUCCUAGAGGUGACAGAACCAUUAGGAGAGAGAGAUAACAUCCACCUGUCCUAGAGGUGACAGAACCAUUAGGAGAGAGAGAGAGGUAACAUCCACCUGCCCUAGAGGUGACAGAACCAUUAGGAGAGAGAAAGAGGGAGAGGUAGAGCUGACAACGAAUAAUACAACAACAAAGACAGCAUCUACAACAACAGCAAACACAAGGGAUGGACCAAACCUUGAUCCUCCUCCUUGUUUUCUCAGGGCUGUCCAUCCUCCCCUCAUCCCUCCCUCAUCAGUUCCACUUUGUGAACUUGACUAAGAACUGGACUGAAGCUCAGAGAUUCUGCAGACAGAACUACACUGACCUGGCCACCAUAGAUGAGGUCAUGGCAGAUAUGAAGAAGCUCAAAAACACAGAGGCAUCUACAGCCUGGAUAGGACUGUAUAACAACAUAUGGAAGUGGUCUCUGGGAGACAGAGAGUUAGAGGGGAACGGGUUUUGGGAUUAUCAUCAUCCAAAGAAUGAUCCCAAUACCGAGUUCUGUGUGUAUAUGAUGCUAAAUACGACUUGGCGUAGUGACACCUGUAGCAGUACAUGGCACUUUGUCUGCUAUAAUAAAACACAAGUGACAAAUAAGUACAUUGUAAUCGAUAAUUUUAAGACUUGGAGUGAAGCUCAGACCUACUGUCGGGAGAAACACACAGACCUGGCCAGUGUGAGGAACACAACAGAGAUGGAGGCCAUAAAGAGUAGCUUCCCUAAUGUCACUGGUAUCUACAGAGUGUGGAUUGGCCUGAAGAAAUCUCCUGGUGUUUGGAGGUGGUCUGACCAGAGUGGAUUCUCUUCCAAGAGCUUGGAAACAUUCAAGGCGAACAUGGCACAUGGGAGCUAUCAGAACGGAGAGUUCUGUGGUGUUGUUACUUUCCCUUCUGGAAACUGGAAGUAUCAGGGAUGUACCACCAACUCUCAUUUUAUCUGCUAUGACGAUGAACUGGUCCUGGUUUCAGAGAACAAGACGUGGUCAGAAGCCCUGUGGCACUGUAGAGACCUGGACAUGGAGCUGGUGUCUGCCCACAACCAGAACAUCCAGCACUGGGUUCAACAGAGAGCCAAGAAGGCCUCCACUCCCUUCGUCUGGCUGGGCCUGAGGUACACCUGCACCCUGGACUUCUGGUUCUGGGUCAAUGGAGAAGAGUCCUGCUACCACAACUGGGCUGGCAGGGAGGGCUACAACACCAUUAAGGAGCAGUGUGGGAACACGGGGGCCAUACAGAGAGAUGGGGGACAGUGGGUCGGCAAGUCUGAGACUGAGAGAUUCAACUUCAUCUGCAGCAACAGUACUGAUUAUUAGAACCAGACCCUGUUCUCUGUAGACCAGCUGAACCCUAUAGCCCAACACAUUGUUCCAGACCCUGCUCUCUGAACCAGCUGAACUCUGCAGUCCAGAAUGUUCCAGACAUUCUCACAUUUACGUUAUAUAAGGUGAUGGAUAAAGGAUAUUUUCAAUAAUAUUAUGUUUUUUAUUAUCAUAUUUUGUUUGAAUAUUGUAACACACUUUUAAUGUUUCCAUAUUUAUUUAUUAUAUUACCUGUUGAUAAUAUCAAUAUCAUGCUGUUACUGUUUCCAUCGUGAAUGUUUCUUAAAAACACUAAUAAUCAAAUAAAAAGACUAACAUGUUAAGGAUAACAAGUGAAAGAUAAUAAUAGUAAUAAUAAUAAACUUUUAGUCGACACUUUUAUCUGAAGUGACUUAUAUUCAUGUAUAGACUUUACGUAGGGGUGGUCCCAGGAAUCAAACCCACAGCUCUGGCAUUGCAAGAACCCUGCUCUACCAACCGUAGCCACAGGAAGUAGUUUGGGCUGCAAUGUUUUGGUGACGGGUCAAAACUGAUUUCUAAGUGAAAAUGGUCUGUUCAUUCCUUUAUAGUAGACACUCUUAAUCAUUCCUUUAUAGUAGACACUCUUAAUCAUUCCUUUAUAGUAGACACUCUUAAUCAUUCCUUUAUAGUAGACACUCUUAAUCAUUCCUUUAUAGUAGACACUCUUAAUCAUUCCUUUAUA